AAAAGGAAAAGAUCAACAAGUCCAUCUCAGACUCUCCGAGUCAUACACACAGCGGCUCUGAACCACCAGUCCCUCUCUUUUCCGGCGAGCCUUCUUCUCUUCGAUACCCUCUCUCCGGACGCGAAAGAUCGGAGUCCGAUUCCACCAUCUCCUGCCUCAAAUGAGUAUCGUCCGAUCUUGUAACUCACUCCCAGCGACUCGUGUAUAGCUUCCGACCUCCAUGGCCAUCAGAGGCGUCGAUUUCAAGUGGUACGAUGGAUUCUUCUUGUCGAUGCUCGCCACCAGUGUAGUGAUUGUUGCGAUUAAUUGGAAGCGGUACCAUUCUUGUACAUAUCCACUGCAUAUAUGGAUCGUGGUUGAUUACACUACAGUGUUUGUUUUUCGAUUGUUGAUGUUUGUUGAUAAUGGGCUGGCAGCUGGAAUGGGUUUGGAUUUCGGGCGGCAGCAAAGAUAUGCUCGUUUCUGUGGGAGAGUAGUGGUCCUUUCCAUUCUUUCUCUGCCACUCUAUCCAUUUCUUUGGGCUUGGACGGUAAUUGGAACUUUGUGGUUUAGAAGCUCGAAGGACUGUUUGCCUGAAGAUGGACAGAAGUGGGGUUUUCUUAUUUGGUUGCUUUUCAGUUACUGUGCACUACUUUGCAUUUUGUGCAUGUCUCUUGGAAAGUGGUUGACACGAAGACAGGCACACUUAUUGCGUGCUCAACAAGGGAUACCUGUAUCAGAAUAUGAAAUUUUGGUUGAUAUGAUCCGGGUGCCGGAUUGGGCAUUUGAAGCUGCGGGUCAAGAGGCAAGGGGAAUGGGUCAGGAAGCUGCAUUCCAACCUGGACUUUACUUGACAACAGCACAGAGAGAAGCAGUGGAAGCACUCAUUCAGGAGCUUCCAAAGUUCAGGUUGAAGGCUGUUCCAACUGAUUGCAGUGAGUGUCCAAUCUGCUUAGAAGAGUUCUAUGAAGGCAAUGAGGUUCGCGGUCUACCGUGCGCUCACAACUUCCACGUAGAAUGCAUUGAUGAGUGGCUUCGUUUGAAUGUGAAAUGUCCUCGGUGCCGCUGCUCAGUCUUUCCGAAUCUUGACCUUAGUGCUAUAUCCAAUCUCCGUGCUGAGUCUGAACGGUCAUCGGUCAUGUUGACUGCCAACCGGUAUGUGAGAGCCCAACCAUCCAGUCAAAGCUAUAUACUGAGAUUGCAGGGUUUGCUCAACCCAGUCCAUACAGAAACUGCAAGGAAUGAUGGAGACACUGCUUUGGAAACUGCCGAGAUUGGAGGUGUCACCGCUUCCAGCCGGGAUCCAUCAAGUCUAGGGCAGAUCCCUUCUGUUGAACAUGUUAUAGUUGUUGAUUCCACCCCCAGUCAACAGCAGCAACAUUAGACUGUUGGUGGAUUAUGUCUCAAAAUGUUAACUACGGUGUCUAACCCUCAUGCCAAGGAAGGCUUAUUGGUGUCAUUACUCUGUAGUCUGUACCAGGCCAUUGAUGCUUGGCAUAGUUUUGCAAUUCCUGUGCUGAAAAGCUUUCACCAUGGUUCUCUUUGUAAUGAAAUACGUAUUUAUGGUUAACAAAAUGCAGAUUAGAUACUCAUGGUAAGACAUGUCAAUGCUCAUUUUCUUUGUUGGUUGUU